UGGCAGAACACAAGAGGUGCUUUAUCCACCCUGUCCCGCUCUGGGUAAGAGGAAACCCUUAACUGCUCUGGCUCAACCAACUUCACACUUUUCUCCUAUUCUUUACGCUCCCACCCGUUGGACGUGUGCACGCUCAGGACCAGAAUGGCAGCAUCAUCUGCACGGAGAACAAACGGGCCCUGCAAAAUGCUGGCUUUUGGGCUGCUUGUCAUAUCCUCACUCUUAAAUGCAGGAGUCACGGCACAGGAAGAUGAAGUUGUCGCUGCAGAGGCGCCACCUGUGAUUGCAGAGGAACACAUACGAGGAGACAUGAUUCCAAAGGCAACUGAAGCUCCUAAGCCAGAUGAUCCGCAAAUCGCGGUUUUCCCUACUAUUGGAGCUCUCGAUCUGACUGAACAGACUACAGCAGCAGCAGCAACACCAACAGCUACAGAAGAGGCAGGAGACGACAACGACAGCGGCCCAGAGGAGACAGCAGAUAAGAAAGCGGAGUUCACAGUUGAGGUCCAUACUGAUAUUGCCAAAAUUGUGGAACCAGAGACCCCAGCACCUAUGCCUGCCAGAGGCGACGGUCCCAACAUUCCCCAGCCAGUGCCACAGGAUGAUGUUGUAUGUGUCAGCAAGGAGGCGGUCCAGGACAAAAACGCGGUCAAUCUAAAACUCAAGGCCUCCUCCAACUGUAAAGACAGCAAAGUGAAGAUUGAAAGUGUUCUGCAGGAGCUGUGUGGUGAAGACUGUAAGCUAGAUAUCUACCAAGAGGACAACUCCGACCAAGUCCUUGUAUCUGGAAAGUAUGUUGAAGAUGAUGUUGCAGACAUGGCUAAGAAGUUCAACAAUGACAACAUCAAAGAUAAGACUGAUGUGGAGGAGGCUGUUCCUCGUUGGGGGAAGAACUCUAAGUUGGUGCUGGUUUCUUUGCUACUGACUGGCCUGUUGCUGGCUGCACUGCUGGUAGCUGGUUAUUACCUCAAGACCCACCGCAAGAACUCCAAAGGAGUCAGACUGGCCGAAUCUUUCCAGGUGGAUGAGGAGAACCAGGCCAAUACCCUGGUGUCUGUGGCUCCUCUACCCCAAGAGCCUCUGGACAAGCCGACCAUCAAUGGUGAGUCUCCACCAGAAAAUGGGACCAACCCUGCCCCCACCACUAAUGGACACUCUGCCACCCAGACCCCAGUGGCCGACACGGAGAUGUGAAUCAUGACACCUCGGACCUCCUGUCCUAACCAUCACCCACUGGGACACACUACCCACAAGCCCCUCUGCUGCCUCAGAGACUGUCCACACACUGAGACAUAUUCAACAAGAAUCCGCCAAAUACAUUCACCUCCCCUCUUCCUCGACUGCACCUCUCGGGACGCUGACGACGACAACAACGAUGAAGCUCAUGACAAUGAUGACGAUAAGGACAAUGCCUGUAAUGUGAAAAGGUUUGGGAUCUUUGCUGGUGUCAAGAGGAGUGUACACACGCUGUGUUUGGGACUCAGACUGCUCAGCAGGGCACUGACUGAGAUUUGUUAGCUGCCCUGACUUUAGUCUGGUUGUAACAAUCAUUGCACAAUCCCCAAACAAUGCCCAAUAUGUGCUGUUGACUUCCGACGAAGAAGCAGCAAAUGCUCUAUUAUUUCAAUCCACAAUUGUGAUGCAAUGAAGCCAACGAAGCCAGGCAGUUGAAAUGAGACUAGUUGACUGACGCUCACUGCUUGUUAUUUUUUUUAAACUUUGAUUCAGGAAAUGUUUUUGCCCAAAAAUAAUCUUGAAACUUUUUUUUUUUUUUACUUUAACUUGGGUAUAUUUUCUCACAGAUUGCCAAACUGUAAUGAAAAAAAACUGCCAUCUUUGCAAAAAAAUUGCUUGUCACUGUUAACCAAUUGACAUAGUAUUAGCAAUGAUAACAUAGCAAGCAUGGGCUUUGGUUUUUACUAAGGAAUGAAAUACAUCUACCAAGCUAUUCAUACCAUGGAAAUGUCAGCUGAGUAUUUGACUCAAUGCUUUAGACUGAUACGCAUAAUUAACAACUUAACCUACUGACAACUACUGACCAUUGGUCAAAGUUAAACUGUUAAAAGUUAAAAAUUCAGAGAAAAAGGAAAAACACAAAAAAAACACCAAACGGACUGGGAGUUUUCUAGGUGCCGAGCUGGUAAACAAAACCACUGCCAUGAAAAAAGCAUUUCCAAGACUAGCUUCUUUCCUUGUUGAUAUAAAACUUCUUUUUUUUUUACAUCAGUGGUACACAUGUUUAGCUUCUCUUUUGAACAACUGGCUGAUUUCAUAAUGUGCUGCAUGUGUAAAUAAGCCUGCUUUUUCUGUUAGUAGUACCUGUGCCUGACUCAUAAACUGUGAUUGAUGACAAUA